CCACAGGGAAGGUGGUGUGUGGUCCUGGGGAUCACCCGGUUUAUCGCUCGCGCACAGGCGGAGUUGUCGGGCAGGCUGCAGGCCCGCGGCUGAGCCGCCGCUCGCCAGGGUGACUUGCAUCUUCCCUGCCCCGCACGCCCUGGGGCGCACCCGCACCCCUCCGUCGCGCCGCGCCCCCCGGGGCAACUCCGCGCCCGCGCAGCCGCCGCCCGCGCGUGCCGGUUUUGCAGGAGCAGCGAUGAAGAGGAAGCUGGUGCUCUCCGAGAUGCAGUUGGUUCUUCUCGUUUUAUUGGUGUGGCUACCAACAAGAUCAGUGCUGGCUGACUCCCUGGAAGAUGAAGCUAAGAAUAACAUCACCAUCUUUACAAGAAUUCUAGACAGACUUCUGGAUGGUUAUGAUAAUCGUCUCAGACCUGGAUUAGGAGAUAGUAUUACUGAAGUCUUCACUAACAUCUAUGUAACCAGUUUUGGACCAGUUUCAGAUACUGAUAUGGAAUACACAAUAGAUGUUUUCUUCCGUCAGAGAUGGAAGGAUGAGAGAUUAAAGUUUAAGGGCCCGAUGAACAUUCUUCGAUUAAACAACUUAAUGGCCAGCAAAAUCUGGACUCCAGAUACAUUUUUCCACAAUGGGAAGAAGUCAGUGGCUCAUAACAUGACAAUGCCAAACAAGCUUCUACGAAUCCAAGAUGAUGGGACUCUCUUGUACACCAUGAGGCUUACAGUCCAAGCUGAAUGUCCAAUGCACUUGGAGGAUUUCCCUAUGGAUGCCCACUCAUGCCCACUGAAAUUUGGCAGCUAUGCAUACACAACUUCAGAAGUGACAUACAUUUGGACUUAUAAUGCUUCAGAUUCAGUGCAGGUGGCACCAGACGGCUCAAGAUUGAAUCAGUAUGAUCUUUUAGGCCAAACAAUUGGAAAAGAGACAGUUAAAUCUAGUACAGGUGAAUAUACAGUAAUGACAGCUCAUUUUCACUUGAAGAGAAAAAUUGGCUAUUUUGUCAUUCAGACUUACCUGCCCUGUAUCAUGACUGUGAUUCUCUCUCAAGUGUCAUUCUGGCUGAACAGAGAAUCUGUACCUGCCAGGACAGUUUUUGGAGUCACAACUGUGUUGACAAUGACAACACUGAGCAUCAGUGCUCGAAAUUCACUCCCCAAAGUAGCAUAUGCAACAGCUAUGGAUUGGUUUAUUGCUGUUUGUUAUGCAUUUGUAUUCUCUGCAUUAAUCGAAUUUGCAACUGUAAAUUACUUCACAAAGCGAGGAUGGGCUUGGGAUGGAAAAAGUGUAGUGAAUGAUAAGAAAAAAGAAAAAGCGUCUGUCAUUAAGAAAAACAAUGCCUAUGCAGUGGCUGUUGCCAACUAUGCUCCAAAUAUUACCAAGGACUCAGUGCUACCAACUAUCUCCAAGAGUGCUACAACUGCAGAACCCAACAAGGCAAAACCAGAAGCGAAGCCACAGGAAGCAAAGAAAACAUUCAACAGUGUUAGCAAAAUUGACAGAAUGUCUAGAAUAGUGUUUCCAGUCUUAUUUGGUACUUUCAAUUUAGUGUAUUGGGCUACAUAUUUAAACAGAGAGCCUGUCUUACUUGGCUUUGCACCAUCAACUUAAAAUCUGAAUUGCACUGAGGACUUAAAGAAUCAUUCUAAUCAGAUAGGUUGUUCGCUAUGUACAGUCCGACUAAUAACUGCUAAUCUGUGAACCAUUAUGUACAGAGUGUAUAUAGAUGUCUUAUCAGUGUAUCUCCAAAGGAGGGACACACUGUUAUUUCAUGGGUCUGUAAACAGAUAGCACCCAUGGCAAAUAUAGCCAGCUGUUUAAAAGUUAUACCCAGGAGAGUUCUGUUAAACUAGGAUUCAAAUAUACAGAAUUAUACUCUCUCCGUACAACGAAAUGAAGAUAUGAUCCUACAUAAUUAUUUAAGAACAGUAUUUUUUUAAUUUAAAGUUAAAAUAUUUUUCUAUAAAGUAAUCCUACUUUAAUGAAAGAAACUGUCAUUUAAAAAAAUGAUUUUUUUAAAAAGGUGUAAUUGUUUCAUACAAUAGCGGUACCCAUGUACAUAACAAAGUAUGGAGCUCAUACAGUUCUACUGUUCACAAACAUUGUGGAUGCUAGUUAGGCUGAAGAGGUAGUAAAGACUACUAUAUGGCAAAAGCCACAAGUUUCUUUCUUCUGUCCUGCUUGAAGUUCUUAUUAAACCCUUCUAAAUGAUUUCAGGCAAAAGCUAGUGUUAAUCAAAUUUUCACUUUCAACCAACUUCUGCUAAUGAAAAAUCUUGUUCUUUUCACUGUUUUAUUUAUUUGACGUUACUAAGCCAGGUUUGUCUGGUUCAGCAAAGUUGGAUUUUUUUUGUUUGUUUUGUUUUUUGAUUUUGUUCUUAAUUGGAUUAUUGUGAGGUUCAGAAAAGUGCUCAGAAAUCUUUCAGGGUUAAGUAUACACUCUUUCCUUGCUUAAUGUUAACCUAAAACCUGCCAUUAAAAUAUUUACCUCUACUCGUCCCAGAAAGCAUUCUUUUGAAGGGAAACAAGAAUCAUGACUUAAGUUCAGGAAAUUGUCCAUAUAAUAAAAUUUACUGCUGCUUUUGUAAAUUGCAACUUUGCAUUUCGCUGACAUAACUUUACAAUAACUUUGUAUACUAGAAAUGGUUUUGCUAAGAUUUGAAUGUUAUUUUUUUAAUAAAAGGUCAUGCAUUUUCAGUAGGUAUGAACUGUAUUUCGUAUACACAAAUAUAACAAAAUUGGAGCUGCCACUUGCAAUUUUAUAUGAACAUUUAAUACUGAUCAGUAAAAUUGUUUCUCAUCUGAGCCUUUGCAAAGAUUCUUUAUGCCCCUAAAGGCCUGAUAAAUCAUAGCAUAAGUAAUAAUUGUGUACUGUAUUUAGAUUUUAGUAUACUUGGCCAAUCAAAAAUACUUCGAUUCACACAUACAUUAGCAGUUAUUAGUUGACCUUUAAAAAAAGAUACACCUUUAUGAUGAUGUCUUCUAGUAGAGACAUAUGUAGUCGUAUAGUGUCAUUUAUUGCAGUUUUGUACAGUACUUGAGUAUAGUGCAUAAAAUAGAUAUGUUCAGAGUUUAACAAAAUUGUACAAAUAUUUCUAAAAUCAAAUAAAAGAGUAUCUUAAGACAUGGAAAUGUGCUAAAAACAACAAAGAGAAACACUGCUCUCAUUUGCUGAUUUAUUUUCUUGCUUUUUCUUUGCUUUUAAUGUGAUUCUGUUUUGUACUUUGUGUGACAGUAUAGGUGCCAAGGUCACAAAUGCAUAUUAUGAAUAGAAUUAAUAGUUAAGACAGAGUUGACAUCAGGAAAAUGUAAGUUAUAAAUGAAAUGGAGAAGCAUGGACUAGGUGUGUUUCCCUUGAAGUCCCUCUAAUUAAACUGUCAGAUUAAACCUUUCUCAUCAACAGUAGUUAAAAAAUGAGCACUUUACUCAGAACAUUAAAAUUGAAAUAUCCUUAUUUUCAUAUAUAUUUAUAUAUAAAUGUAGAUUUUCCAUGUAACAUGGAGAUGUGUGCAAUAGUGAGAUUAUGAGCAUAAGGCUGGAAGGCAAGCAAUAAACAAAGGUUUAUUUCAUGGUAUAAUUAUACAUUUUUAAAAUGUUUCAUUUGUAAAUUAUAAAUGAUCCCUUUAAAGUCACAUUGUCCAGGUAUGAAUAAAUAUAUAAAUAUGUACAUAUGUACAAACAAUUGUAAAUAUUAGAACUGUAGAAAAAUCCCUUCACUUUUAACUCUGUUUUUGGCAAAGGGCUCUGACUGUAUAGUUUAAUGGAGGCCCAUGUCAAACAGCUCUUGAACUUGAGUAGCUCGAUUAUGUUUUCUGUGGCAAAGGUCUCCUUCCUGUGACCUAGUGCGAGUUCUUACCUUCUGUUUGCAUCAGCAAGAUGUAGGGACCCUCCAAGGCUCACUGAACUGGGGCAUGAGAAUCAGAGGUUUGUGUUUCACCCUUGGUCACUCCCAGGUACUCCAAACUCUUCAAAAUAUUUGAACAAUGUUGUGUAUUGCUCCAUGCAUGACACUGUAUAGUCAGAACUCUCCCCACUACGAGUGUGCUUAGAGGCAUAUUGGAUUAGCUGAUAAGGAAGGAUUUUUCAUCCUAAUCCAAGAACGGGACCUCUCAAACGUUUUUGACAGUACAAGUCUUCUACAACAAGACAACUUCUCUGGAAAAGAACAGCUGUGUAAUUCAGAGCUGCAUGCAAAAAGUGUAUCUUCAGUCUGUACAAGAAGCCUGAUGCUGUCUCAUGUUAGUCAGCUCUGCUGCUACUGCUUUGUUUUUUGGGUAAAAUGAUGUUUUCACUCACUGACCAUUUUUUUCUAUGCUUGUGUUAUGCUUAGGGGUCAGGAAGGCAAAAAACCAGGUGUUUAUCACAUGCUAGAGAUACAUUUAUUGCACACUAAUACAGAAGAAUAAGUAUAAUGUACAAAUUCAGUCAGUGAAUGAGAAUACAUUUUAAAUAUACAAAUUCAGUCAGUGAAUGAGAAUACAUUUUAAAUAUACACAUGCAGUUAUUGUGGGCAUUAGCAAGACUUUUGAGUGUGUAGGCUCCACAAAAGCUUCACUUUUACAUUUAGUUCAGCUGGUCUGUGUUAAAGCAAACACCUUCUGUGGGAGGAAGUCUGCUUUAUUGUUUCACUACUGAAACAUUUAUAGUGAAUAAAAUGACUACACAUAAGUUGCAAAUUUGUAAAACUAAAGACUGGAUAAGUGAAUUUGAAUGUAAAGGUUUGAAUGAAUGCAAGCAUCAUGCAAGGAACAUUGGAAUGCAAGAGUUAAGCCUUCUUACAAUUUAGUGGCAUUGAAUCUGUGUCUAGGAUUUGAAAACUGGUGUCACAAAUUUAUGAGCCAAAUACCUAGAAGUUUCAUUUAAUUUAAGUAAAACUUACUGGUCUUAAAUACUUAAAAGUGAGGAGAGGGACUGUAAGUGAGCAAAUGCAAGUAAUUUCACUAUCAAAAGACUUGCACAGUGAAAAUUUUUUACCAGUGAAAUUUUUGAUUGACAUGUGAAUAUAAUUUAUUUUUCCCAUUAUUCUGGGGUCAGGGUGUUCAUAUUUUAUGUGAGUUAAUAAAUGAACACAAAAAAUACAGUGAUAUAACACUAUGGUAAACUUUUAUUGAAAUUACUAUAAUUACAAACGAGGUUUCAAUUAUGAAACAGGUUUCCAAGGUAGUACUGGGGCACACGCUACUGGAUGCACAUGGUCACUACUUUAACAAUAAUUUAUAAAUCAGCACAAAGAAUAUACAGAUCAGCAGGGUUUAUCAGCUAGGGUUGUCUGCUAAAGACUUCUUAACUCCUUGCUUUUAAAAGAGCGGCUUCCAAAAUUCUCAAUUAUGUUGUAGCCAAUGAAAUUACCUUCACAUUCCAUAUCUGCUUAAUUCAACUUGUAACUGCUGCAUUGUUGAUCAUCUUUAAAAAAAAUAUUAUGCUGGAUGUUCUGAGGUACAAACUUUAGGUUGGGAGACUACUCAUAAAACUGAACAUUAUUCUAAAUUAGGAAGCAUGAAAGAGCUUCUCCAGAUGCCAAACAGGAGCCUUACCGAAUUCCCUUCCCUUCCCAGUGAUCAUAGAUAACAUCUGAUAUGAUGAGACUUUUCAGAAGUGAGGUGACCAUAAAUUGUCUGUGUGAAAGCAACUAGAAGCAACUGGGAAGAGGUAGGGACGUAUGGGGGAAGAAAGGAAGAAAGCAAAGAAGCAAAUGUAUGUCUUAGUGGAUUGUGAGAUGAUUGGUUGAGGAAGAAGCCAUUGAGGGAGGUAAUAUGUAUUUUUGUUUCAGCUUCAGUUCUGAGCGUUCAUCAGCAUGAGCUGUGGGAAAGUAACUUUUAGAACAUAGGAGAUUUAAAUACUACUUGUAUAAUUCUGCUGAACUUGAGGGACAUGAACUGUGCCUUUGAAAGUGAGAGGCUUCUGCUGGCUCUGUUCUGAAAACCAUGCAGUGUUGUGUGCUUCCUGCCAUAAGAGACACCUGGGGUGAAGGGGGGAAAGAAGCUUCAUUAAUGAAAUAGAACUUUGUUAAUUCUAUUUUUUUCUUAAAAGGUGUGACUUUCACUUAAGCACAGGUUGUCAGUAUCUAUCCUCCAUACCUCUCAUUCCUAUUCUGAAAGCUAAGUGGUUCACAAGUUUUUGCCUUGGCCUUUCACAAAACAGAGGAAGCAUAUACUUCUGAACAUUUCCAUUCCUAACAAAUAUUCAUGGAAGAUGAUUUCAGUAUGGAUAUGAAGCUAUCAUCAGUCUAUGCCCGAUUAUGGGUAAACAUAUAAUGCUAAAAAAAAAAAAAAGCAAGCAAUUUAGAAAGCAAUGUGAUGGGUUUUAAGGAGAUGAAGACAUUUUAAAAUUAGCUCAGAAAGUUAAAUAGCCUAAUCUAAAAAACACAGAGCAUGAAAAAUGUACAAAUGUCUAAACACAUCUAAGUAGAAUCUCUGAGUGUGGUAUAAUUUGAUGUCAUAUGAAGUUUUUAUCUUAAAGACUUUGAAGCAUUAAAGUGGUGAAGUGAUUUUAUAUGAAAGUCAGCUCACACUUCAGCCUCCAGUACAAGGAGUGGUUCUUUCAAGAUCAGAGUUUUAGGAUUCCUUCCACCUCUUCACAGUGACAACAUACCUUCUGCUAGAAUGUUGUCAGUUUGCAAUACAACUUGAAGUUAUAUUCCUUUGACAUUACCUUCUCUUAAAUUUUUUAGUCUAGGAGACCUCCUCCACCUCAUUUCUGUAGAUAACCCAAAAUCUCUAACAAUCAGAACUUCUAAUUCUGUUCUGAAUUCAGCUGUCUGAGAAUCAGUGAGAGACUUUAUCACUUUAGACCUUUAGUAGUAGAAGUUAAAGGCUUUAAAGUUUGUUUCAAUGAAUGGCAGAUGUUAAUCACAUAAAAAUUUUAAAAAUAUUUUAAACCCAUUUAAUUUUCUAGGUUCACAUCUCUCUGGGUGAAUCCUUGAACUUGUGUUUUGGAGUUUGUGAUUACAUCUGACUGGAAGAUGCUAAACAUUGCAGGCUGGACUGAGAUCAGGGCAAAAUUUGCACUGAAUUUAAACUAACAGUGAUUAACAUCCUGAGGAUAUUUAUCUAUGUCACUGGAGUCAGCCAGGAUUUUUCACAGAAGGGGAGUACACCUGAGACUACACCAGGGUUCUCCUUUGGAUAGAGGUGGUUUAGUUCUUUAACGUAUAAAAAUAAGACCUUAAAAGAGCUAACCAUACUGAAAUACAGGACUUGAUGUCUGUUUCAUUCCUAGUAUAUGUUAAUGCCAUUUGAGAAUAUUGAGAAAGUGCCAUGAGUUAGGAGUAGGUGAUAAUGCAAAAAGAAAUUUAAAGGAUAUUUUAAAAUAUGCAAGAUAAUGUAUACUUUUCCUCUAGUGUUGGUGUCUACAUAAAUAUAUAUGAAUAUAUUUUUAUCGUUGGGUGUUUCAAAAGUUAUAUUUUUCUUUCAAAUUUUAAUUCCUUACAUAAUGUUUUGAAUACUUCACUCGAUCAGGUGGCCUGGAGAAUGUCUUUAUGCAUUCAAGUUUUUUAAUGAUUGCACUGAGUUCUUUCAUUCAUCUGACAUUCAAAAAAGAUGAGCUUCAACAGGUUGAAGUGUUAUAUUUGUUUUCCAGUAAUUCAUCCAUCUAUCUAUGUUGUUGAGGAUGGAUGAAAAUACAGAAUGGAACAAGAUACUGCUUUGAUCAACUGCUUUUGAUAUUUUUAUUAGAUAUUAAUUUUGGCUGAAUUUAUCAGUUUAUAGGGUACUGUAGCUUAGCAUUGGCACGGAAUGCAAUGUAGUACUUUACAUCUCUUAGAAUACAUAUGCACUGUAUCUAUAAACUGUUAAAAAUCCGUUCUUAAACAGCACCCAUUCACCCUCUCCCCUCCAAAUAGUCACUUUAUUAGGAAACAUUUGAAGGCACUUUAAUUUUAAUGGAAGUGAUUACACUAAAUCUUAUUGCAUACUUGAUUUUAAAAAAAAGUAAAUGUGGAGUCUGAUUCAAACAUUGUUAGCAAAUUCUAAGCUGGGCUGGAGUCAGAGAGCAUUUAUGCAUUCUAUGAAAAAUCUACUUUAGUGAGCCACUUAGGUGUGAAAAUAUAUAGGAGUUUGAAAAUAGAUGCUUCUGGUAUAUUAACAAGAAAUAAGCAAAUGGGAAGAAUGGAACCAAUAAUUUUAAAGAAUAAACACCAAUCAAAUAUGCACAGUAAGAAACUGCAUGACAAAUGUAAGUACACUUAACCUUGAACAUCAAUGUCAUACAAAAUCUUCUGGGUGACAGUUCACUUAUUUAGUAGGUUUCAUAAUUAUAAAUAAUUAAAGAGGAUGAUAAUGUGCUGUAAUUUGUGACCUUGUUUUAACUGGAAAAAAAUUGUUACUUUUCUAAACUGUAAAAGAAAUAACUGAAUUUAAGUUUGAAUGUGUCACUGCUUGCUGUUGAAGAAUAUUUAUUAACCACAUGCAAAAUAUUGCUUAACAUUAUCUUUUUGUACUUCUUAUUAAAGUUAAUUUAAAUAUA